GAAUCGUUGGCCAUUCGGUUGACAUCGACAAGAACUGCCAGCGAGUGCUGUGCUCAAAUGAGGACGGCGCCCUGCAUGUGUUCCCUGAUUUGCUGCAGUUGCUGACGCUGGACGCGCGCGUGGCUGUGCUGAAAGUCAUGGACACCUCGAGCCUGGAGUUGAAGCCGCUCAUCGCCAAGUACAAGGCCAUGCCCAAGAUGCCCCAGCCGGAUGAUAUCAAGAAGGUCAUUAACCAACUGGGGAGCACUUUGCUGGACAAGCUCAUGGCCCGCAUGGAUGCAUUUGAGAACCUUUUUGUGGAGCAGGCGACUUGUUGCAAGCAUCACUCGAAAAAGUGCGAUGUGUUCCCGGCCGCUCUCUUGCAGACCGACAGCGAGCGUGUGGCACAGGUGACGGGGGUGGCAAAGCUGACGGACCCUUUGCUCAUCUACAUGGCCGGGACCUCUUGCCAGGAUUGGUCAUCGAUGUCGCAGGUGCUGUCAUUGGCGGGCAAGACUGUGCUUCCGUUUGCGGUGGAGUUGCAACUAAUCCGGAGGAAGCGCCCACAUGUGUACUUUCAUGAGUGCACGAGAAACUUCAGGGCGUCAAUCCUGGAGAAGUUUCUCCCUGGCUACCGGGUGCAUUCAAUGAUCCAGCGGCCCACUGAGCGGGGGUUCCCGAUCCAACGUACAAGGAGGUACACCGCGUGCAUCAGGCUGGACAUGGAGCUGGUCCGACCCAUUGAGGAAAUCAAGAUCCUUGAUAGG